AACCAUUACAUCGAAAAAUCUCGUAAAAUAUUUUACGGAUUAAUAAAAAAAAUCCCUCCAAUUUCUUCAUUAAAUUUCAUUUCGCGUGUACAGAAAAAACGACUCACAGAAAGAAAUCAAGAACAACAGCAAACCAAAUUUUAAAAUGUAACAGUGCUCUCUCUUCACAUCCCUCAUCCUCAAUCCGCCAUUAAAAUUUGAUUAACUCUGAAGCAAUUUCAUGAAUCCCUCUGCAUCACUGCCUUGACUUGACUGCAAGAAGAAGAAGCUCGGCGUUUCUCAUCUCCAUUCAAGGUAAUUUUAAUGGUUGUACAAAUAAAUGGACUUGCGGAUUUGUGCCUCUUCUAUUAGUAAGGCGCCUUUAUGUUCUCCGAAAAACAUGGUGGAGAAGGCCUCUACAAGACAAAAGAGGCCUGAUUUUGAUCUAGACCUUAGGGAAGUUUAUUUUCUGAUUUUGAGUUUCAUAUCUUCUGGGCCUUGUCAAAGGACUUAUAGUGUGUUUAAGGAUGAACUCUUGGAACAUGAGCUUCUUCCAAGAAGAUAUCAUGCAUGGUUUUCAAGAAAAGGUGAAUGUAGUGGAGAUGAUGAUGAUGCUGGUGUGUCUCUUCCUUUAAGCUAUAAUAAAUUAACGGAGAGGUAUCCUCAUAUUGAGAAAGAUCAUUUGAUAAAGCUUUUGAAGCAACUGCUACUGCAUGCAGACUGUCCUGUGGAUAGCAGAGAUACAGCUAAUUCUACAAAUGCAGCUGAUGUUGAUGUUCCAAGUGCAGCCGAUGUUCCUACUCUGUUGGGAUGUGGUUCCUUUUCGCUUUUGGAUUCUGAUAGGAGUAUGUACAAGCAAGUUAAGUGUCUGCCUGUGCACCUGCGUUGGCCUCAUAUGCAGGCAGAUCAGGUGCAUGGUUUAGGUUUAAGGGAAAUAGGAGGAGGUUUUGUAAAGCACCAUCGUGCUCCUUCCAUUCGGUCAACAUGCUACACAAUUGCUAAGCCAUUGACUAUGGUGCAAAAGAUGCAAACCAUUAAAAAGUUGAGGGGACACCGUGAUGCUGUCUAUUGUGCUAUAUUUGACCGGUCUGGGAGAUACGUAAUUACUGGUUCAGAUGAUCGUCUUGUCAAGAUUUGGUCUAUGGAAACUGCAUUUUGCUUGGCAAGCUGCCGAGGGCAUGAAGGUGACAUCACUGACUUGGCUGUAACUUCAAAUAACACUUUAGUGGCAUCUGCUUCUAAUGAUUUCAGCAUCCGAGUUUGGCGCUUGCCAGAUGGGGUGCCGAUUUCAGUCUUGAGGGGUCACACUAGUGCUGUUACUGCCAUUGCAUUUAGUCCCAGGCCCAAUGCUGCAUAUCAGCUUCUAUCGUCAUCGGACGAUGGAACUUGUCGAAUCUGGGAUGCGAGAUACUCCCAAUGCAAUCCACAAAUUUUUGUGCCAAGACCUUCAGAUGGUUUUUCUGGUAAGAACAAUGGGCCGUCCUCAAGCAAUGGUACACAAAGCAAUCAGAUAUUGUGUUGUGCUUACAAUGCCAAUGGCACUGUCUUUGUCACUGGUAGUUCUGACACUUAUGCAAGGGUUUGGAGUGCCAGCAAAUCUGGCCCAGAUGAUUCCAAUCAAACAAUUCAUGAGAUUGAGGUGUUAUCUGGUCAUCAGAAUGAUGUCAACUAUGUUCAGUUCAGUGGCUGUGCUGUUGCUUCAAGAUCUUCAUUCUCCGACAUUUUGAAGGAGGAGAAUGUUCCCAAAUUUAAAAAUUCCUGGUUCUGUCAUGACAACAUAGUUACAUGCUCUCGUGAUGGAAGUGCAAUUAUAUGGGUUCCUAAGUCACGUAGAUCCCAUGGUAAGUCUUUACGUUGGGAAAAGUCAUUUCACCUGAAAGUUCCACCUCCCCCAUUGCCUCCGCAACCUCCCCGGGGAGGUCCCCGUCAGAGAAUUCUCCCAACUCCUCGCGGUGUUAAUAUGAUUGUGUGGAGCUUGGAUAAUCGCUUUGUGCUGGCAGCUAUAAUGGAUUGCAGAAUAUGUGUUUGGAACGCCUCAAAUAGUGCUUUAGUUCAUUCUUUGACUGGUCACACAGCAUCUUCUUAUGUUUUAGAUGUCCAUCCUUUCAAUCCUCGGAUAGCUAUGAGUGCUGGGUAUGAUGGAAGGACAAUAGUCUGGGAUAUAUGGGAAGGAAUUCCUAUUCACAUAUAUGAAAUUGGAUUUGGACGUCUCAAGUUGGUUGAUGGGAAGUUUUCUCCGGAUGGGUUGUCAAUAGUACUUUCAGAUGAUGCUGGCCAGAUACACUUCAUAAACACAGGCCAGGCUGACUGCCAAAAGGAUGCCAAAUAUGAUCAGUUCUUCCUAGGGGAUUAUCGGCCUCUUAUCAGGGAUUCUUCUGGAAAUGUGCUUGAUCAGGAGACACAGCUCCCUCCAUAUCGAAGAAACAUUCAAGAUCUUCUCUGUGAUUCCAGUAUGCUUCCAUACCCAGAACCUUAUCAAACUAUGUUCCAGAAGCGUCGACUUGGUGAACUAGGUGUGGACUGGCAUCCUCCAUCCAUGAAAUUUGCUGUUGGUCUAGAUUUCAGUCUAGGCUUUGAUUAUCAAUUGCUUCCUUUGGAGGACUUGGAUAGAUUGAUUGAGCCUCUCCCAGAGUUUAUAGAUGCUAUUUAUUGGGAACCAGAAAAUGAAGUCAUAAGUGAUGACAAUGACUCAGAGUAUAAUGUCACAGAGGAUUGCGCCAGUGAAGGUGAGCGAGGUAGUUUAUGUUAUAGCUCUGCCAGCGAUCCAGAUUGUAGUAUGGAGGACAUUGACAUUGAAAGAAGUCAGCAAGGGGGCUUUCCCCGAUCAAGAAGAAGAAAACAAAAAGCUAAACUGAUUGAAUUCUCUGGGAGGCGUGUUAGGAAGAGGAAUUUGACUGAGCGCGAUGACUCAGUAUAUGGGAGCAAUGGAGCUAAGAAAUUUAAAAGUGCCCGAAAAGUCUCUAAGAGGAAGUCUUCAAAGGCAAUUUCAUCUAGACCUCAGCGUGUUGCUGCACGCAAUGCUCUAACUAUGUUCCCCAAAAUGACUGAAACAUCUACAGAUGGAGAUGAUGAAGACAACUCGGAGGAAGCUGCAUCCAGCAGCGAAUCAGGACUGCUAGAUUCAGACAUUGAAAGCGACAUGAAAAACAUGCCAGUUGAAUAUGCGAAAGAAGAAAAGCUUGCAGUACUUGAGGUUGAAGACAUAGCUAAACCUCCCAAACUUGUUGAAUCUCAGUCAAAUUCUGGAAGUAAGAAAAAAUUAAUCGUCAAGCUUUCAUUCCGUUCUAAGAAGCCUGUGUCUCCAAAAGAUAGCGUAGUCAAGAUUGAGAGACAGGGUGAUCAAGAGAUUCCAUCUCCAGGACCUUUACCAGAAUCUAAUAUUGAUUUAAGAUAUAAAGAUCCGGGGUCAUCUUCCUCAGAUGCUAUUGAUGUGAAGCCGUCUCAAAAUUGUAAUAGAGUUCAUAUUACAGGUGUAACACACCAUGAAAAGGUUGAACAUGACAUAAAGGGAUCCGCAGUGGACAGUGGAAGUAAAAUUAGACUGGGAGAGGUCACGAACCAAACAUUCCAGCAUUCCAGAUUAGAAAUGCUGCCAGGUGUUCAAUCUGCUACUUUCAAUGCCAAUUCUGAUGCAUGUAUGGAGAGCUGGAUUGACGCUAACGGGGAUGAGGACCAGUUUCAAUUAGAUCAAGAUGGUGCAAAAUCUGAAGAGCCUGUGUUUUCUGGUGUAAUACAGAGACCUUUGACAAUUGCAUCAUCAUCAUCAUCAUCAUUAGGUGAUCUUCAAUCAAAAUCUGGUGCUUCUGCUGUCACUUGUACUAGAACUCCUGACGAGGGAGCCAAAGAUUUGUCUGUAUCUGAUAAAUGCAGAGGUUUUGAUUCACUUGCUGAAAAUGAAUUUGCUGGCACAAGCAAUGGUCAGGGAUUGAAAGAGAACCCUCCUCGAAAGAUAACAAAAUUAAAGAUCAAAACUUCCUCCAAACUGAAAUCUCUGAGAGAAGUGAAUGAUAGUACACAUCAGGAUGCAGUUGGUCUAAUGUCAGAAAAUCCAUCUUACCUUCCCGUGCAAAAACAGCUUUUGGGAUUAUGGAAAAAGGAUGAAGGUUCCAGUAAAUUAACAAAAGGAAUUCCGCACAUGGACGGGGCUAAUUUAGAAGAUUUGGAUUAUGUUUUGCAAAAAAAUCCUUCAGAUGCAAUACUUAGAACAAAAUCAGUGAAAUUGAAGGCAACUACAAGGGAACCACAUGAUAUAAGGAUGAAAGAAUAUGCAGGAACAUCAAAGAACGAUGAUAUUCAGCCCCAUCCUGAAGAAAAGAUUUUAAAUUCUAGAAUGACUGAAAGGUCAAGAUCUGCUAGAAACAUGCAAGAUGAUGAUGACCCCACAUGUCCGAUGUCAAGGAAAUUGACCGACUCUGUAAGGAAAUUGUCAUGGCUAACUCUUUCAAAGCUUGAGGGUGGAUAUCGUUAUAUUCCUCAGCUAGGUGAUGAAGUUGUAUAUUUUAGACAGGGACAUCAACAGUAUAUUCAAUCAGCAACUAGCUCACAAAAAUGCGUUCCUUGGAGUUCAAAUAAGGGUUAUGUUAGUGCUGUGGAAAUUUGCAGUGUUGAAAGCCUCGAAUAUGACACCGGUCCUGGCGGGGAUAGCUGCUGCAAUAUCAGACUCAGAUUUGUCAGUCCUUCAUCUGGUGUAUUUGGUCAAGAGUUUGAUUUGACCCUCCCUGAACUAUUAGAUUUUCCUGAUUUUAUUAUUGAGAAAGCAUGGUAUGAUGCUACUAUCGGUAGAAACUGGAUGUGUGGGGAUAAUUGCCAAGUGUGGUGGAGAUAUGACAACGGGGAAGGCGGUAGGUGGUGGGAGUGUACAAUCAUUUCUUCCAAGGCAAAGUCGGAGGAGUUUCCUGAUAGUCCUUGGGAGAGAUACAAUGUAAAGUACAAUAAUGAUUUUAGUGAACAACAUUGGCACUGUCCCUGGGAACUGCAUGAUCCUGAAAUGCCAUGGGAGCACCCCAUUAUUGAUUUUGAGAUUCGAGAAAAGCUGCUGUCUUCUUUUGAAAAAUUAGAGCUGUCAGGAAGCAGAAAAAAGGACUCUUAUGGAAUCCGAGCAUUGAAUGAAAAUUCUCAAAAGCUGGAGUUUUUCAACAGGUAUCCAGUUCCGCUGUGUCCUGAAAUUAUCCGGUCAAGGGUAGAAAACAACUAUUACCGGACGGUAGAAGCAGUGAAGCAUGACGUUAACGUGAUGAUGAAUAAUGCUCGAUCUUAUUUUGCUAGAAAUAGAGAAGUAUUACACAAGAUGAAGAAGCUAUCAGAUUGGUAUUGUAAGAAGCUUUCAAAAAUAUUAGGCACUGAACCAUAACCUUAUUUUAUCUUUUGUGAUGUUUAAUAGUUUUAAACCUUUUUUAUACCCAAAAAAGAAAAGCAAAAUGAAUCCGACCACAUAGGUAUAAAUUUAGAAUAGAAUUAUUUUUUCUUUUUAGAGUUUUUUUUUAAAGGUAGUUGAUUUUGUUUAAACAAUGACCAUAAAAAGGUCGUCAGAUGCUAAAGUGGUCUAAUUACUAAAUGAAUUAUGAACUUCCCUUUUAUUUUAA